AUGUUGGGCCUCUUCGGCCCCAUCGCCGCGAUGCUGGCGCAUCUGCGCCCAGAGGCCUUUGCCGUGCUCCUGCCGGUUCGCCUAUGCUCCGUACUGAGGGCCUGGGCGGCCGACAUCCCGGGGGAUGCCUUGGUGCCGGUGCUGCAGCUUCUGCAGGGCUUCUUGCAGGCGGAGAGCCCCAAGGCGGUGCGCCUGGCAGCUCUGUCGCCCCUGCGCGCCCUGCUGGAUCGCUUCUCGGAUCACGAAGCCUGGUCGCAGGUGCAGGGCAGUCUCAUCGACUCUUGCCUAGCCCUGCUGAGCGUGGUGAAGAUGCCGGAGGUGCAGUGGCGCUGCUUGAAUCUCAUCCACCUCUUUCUAGUGGAGGAGGCAGAGAGCGGCCGCUAUCAGGUAACGGCGCGCACCAUGGACCAGCUGCUGUCACUCUGGCGCCGCCCGGAGGACGGGGAGAUGCUGAUCCGCCAUGCGCUGCUGGACGUGCUGAGGGCUUUGGUGCUUAUGUCUUGCCGGUCCCGUAGCCCGCGCCUGGCGCUGUCACCGCCGCUGCUGAGCUGCUGCUUAACCGUGAUCUCGGACUGCUACGCCGCACACCGGGGCGGAGGCCAAGCGCAGCCUGCCGGCGGCGGCUCGCCGGCGCUCCAGGCGAAUGCCGAGGCUGCGGCAGGUGCGCUGGGGGACCAGGGCAGCGCCACUGGGAGCCUCUUUGACUCUGGCAGCGUGCUCUUCCUGGGGGUCCUAAGAACCGUGGACGUGGAGCAGGCGGCUCCGCUGAUGCCCUUCUUCCCCAAGCUCCUGGCGCAGCAAGCUGCCCUGGGCGGCCCUCCUCCGGAGUGGACCAUGGACAUUCUGCUGGAGUAUUGCGCCCUGCACUGCUCCGGCGGUGCUGCCGCGCACCUGGCGCAGUUCUACCCGGCGCUGCUCCAGAUCUGCCUGGCUGCCGAGUCACCGAGUCACCGAGUCUCGAUCCGCUUGAAGCUGAGCACAUUUCUGACCCCCGUUAUGGUCAUCUUGCAGAAGUCCUCUCCCCCCCCCUGUAGGUACUGA